CGCAUCCAGGAAGGAAGUGUCGCCCACAAAAUACACGAGUCGAACUUCCUUAUCUCCUCAUCAAUUAUCCUGUACCUUUUCAUUUCGAAUAAAAAUAAAAUUGCGAAAGCUCUCGUAUAUCGAUUCAUUCAAGGUAAGAUAUGGGAUACAUGGUAGUCGAGGAGCACAGCUCUACAAAGCUCCACCUGAAGAGAGACCCUGGCAUUCGUUCCUGGUCUCUUUGUAUUGGUAUGGCAGCUGUUGGGUUGGCGGCAGCCUACUACAGCUCAGAUAGCAUCUUGUGGAAGCUUUUCUAUGUCACCGGAUGUCUGUUUGUGGCCAUUCAGAACAUGGAAGAGUGGGAGGAGGCAGUCUUUGACAAAACUAAGAAUCUGAUUCACCUCAAGAACAUUAGCUUGUACACUUUAGUUCUGACGCUAUGGAAAAGGGGCCAAGAGAAAGUUGUUUUGGACUUGAAGCAUCUGCAGGAUGUCUGUGUCCAAGAAGAAAAAGUCCGAUAUUUGGGAAAAGGCUACAUGGUGAUGUUGCGUCUGGCGACAGGUUUCUCCUACCCGCUGACUCAGAGUGCCACAGUUGGGGGGCGAAGUGAUGUGGAGGCUGUAGCUGCGUUGCUCAAACGCUUUUUGGGGAUGGAGGAGCGGCAAGAGCAGAAAGAAAUGAGUGAGUGUGCAGAGGAGGAAGCUGAUUUUUUGGAUAACAGCAGCGAAUCCGAGGAUGAAGAAGAAAAACCUUGACCUCAUCUCAUUUGAAAGUAAGUUUGAGAUGACGUCAUUGCUAAGGGAAAACAAUGGCUCAGAUAACUAUCAUGCUUCGAUUGCAUGUUCAUGCUCACUUACAAACCUUA